AUGGCGAGAGACCGAGAGAACAGCGAGAGCAUGGCGGCCGGCCACACUUAUGGCUCAAAGUGCCGCCUGGCUCCCGUAUCCCGCACCGACAACGAAGAUGGCAUGCCUCCGAUCGAAGCACAGUUCUUCUAUGCGUCCAUCAUACCCAUCGACGACCCCCUCUCAACCAGCUCGACUGCGGCCGGCUCCGAACCGAAAUCAUCAAAACUACCCCUCCGGCCUUUCGCCAGGGGGGAUAAUAAUGCCCUUGAAAAGGCCUGGUUGGCACUUCAGACAGAGGAGGACCGGAAAGACCACGAAUUAGCAAGGAAGGGAAGGAAACACAUCGCUUCAGGGCCUUACGCUGGUUCUGCGAGAAGAGAAUCCCUGGUCCAAACCAUUGCGUUAAAGCAUUGGCAAAAGCAUGGGUCUAAUUUCGAGCCUCUUGCGCCGUCCUUGCCCGUUGACGCCUCUUUCACCUCUCAGGCUGACUCUUUGUGUUGUGCUGAGCUUGCAGUGGAUGUGACGGCGGAGCUGGAGGGCAACUUUUGUUCUCUGGCAAGGGUCGGCAACCCCGAUCUGAAGAUUGAGCAUGUGCUUCGGGAUGUCAUGGAAGCCAUUAUUCGAAUCUCACAAUCUACCCAUGCAGCGAUAGACUCGAAGCCAGAUGCCAUAUCUCGACCGAGAGCCAGCUCUCUUGCCCAGACCAACCGCAACCCACCCAGUCCCUCAACAGAUCAUAAAGUGAGAUCCAAUACAGAUGCUCGGAACAAUGCAGACCCACGUGAAAAUCUGAUCGAAAAUGCGCGAGAUCACGAAACUAGAUAUCGAUCGGGUUCACAAGUAACAAAUCGCUCCUCGCGCCCUCAAACACCUGCAGAAAAAAUAAUCCCAUCCCGCCCGCCUGUCCUCGACGAUGGAAUAUCGGGCAAGCCGUUUGUGCGUGUAGGAAGUGUCGAGGCUCAUUCUCCCAAGAUUGGAUCCUCUCUGCCCAAGUCUGAAUCACUCGCGCUGGGGUCUUCGCCGGGCGGUACGCAACUACCUGUGUCUGUUCGUGAACAGAGUCUGGGCCAUGUUGAAUCCUUUGAGGAUUCUAAAAGCUCAAAUGCUACCAAUACCAAAUACAGCAAAAACCCGGUCGAUGUUGCCGUGGGAGUGUCUCGACUACAUAUGGUCACACUCCCAGCGUUACAGAUGAAACCAAUAUAUUGGUCGCCUGUGAAUGACUUGGCUACUGUAACAAGAUCUACUUGGUUUUAUAGAGACACAAUGCUACCGAUUCCGCCGACAGUCGCCAAUCAGUUAGAGGCUGGAUUUCACGAGCUUCGUCCUUGGACCGAUACCUGGAGUGAUGAGAUACGAUGUGCUAUCGAUGUAGGGCCGUUGGGAGAAGAAAAAGUUUCACAUCGACUUUGGCCCGAGACAACUGGCGCCUCGAAAGCAGCAUCAGAAUCAUACCCAACCCCACCUCCCAUCUCGUCCAACCCUUAUUGCGCCGCAAGAUGUUUCCGUGGAGAUGCAGCAGCAGAAGGUUCGAUAGAACCUUUGAAGAAAGAAGCGGAACUUGAAGACCCUUCAAUGGCACCGAUCCGUCCAUUCGCACAGUACCAUAUCAUUUACAAGAACGCGACAGAAGCUUUCAUGUUGAAACCAAGCCUCAAGCCAUCGGCAUAUUAUGGGAGAAAGCCUGUAUCAAAGAUUAUGAAAGGCUUGACAGUAGGUAUCCCUGUCGUUCGUGGGUUUGAUCGGAACAAAUGGGACCGUAUCCACCGAAAGAAGCAAACUCCUAACGAACCAGGUGUGUCUGCUGCAAGCGAAUCGCACGAAAACCAAGGCCACGACGUUUGCCCAGCCUGCAAAGUCGAUAAGGAGCGUGGGCAAGUGAAGGAUCUCCUUCUGGUGGCUCAUGGAAUUGGCCAAAAGUUUGCUGAGAGAGUUGAAAGCUUUCAUUUCACUCACGCAAUAAAUGGAUUCCGCCGUGCCAUCAAUAUUGAACUGGGCAACCCGAUAGUUCAUCAAAUAUUACCAGAAGGUCAUAACGGCAUUAUGGUCUUGCCACUGAACUGGAGGAUGGGGCUAUCUUUUGAAGAUGGUGGGCCGAUGACGGAUGAAGAUCAAGCCGAACAGGCCCCAGAGAGCUUUGGCUUGAAAGACAUUGAACCACCUACCAUUCCGGCUGUUCGCAGUAUGAUAUCCGAUGUCAUGUUUGAUAUCCCGUUCUACAUGUCCCACCACAAAGGGAAGAUGAUCAAGGCUCUUGUGUCUGAGGCAAACCGUGUCUAUAGGCUAUGGUGUCGUAACAAUCCUGGCUUUUCUGAAAACGGACGGGUUCAUUUAAUAGGCCACUCUCUUGGCAGCGCUAUGGCGCUGGAGAUUUUGUCUCGACAACCUACCUACGUUCCCCCACUCAAUCUGUCCCAAGCAGAGCCGGAGACCGGCUUUUUCGAGUUUGACACAAGAAAUCUGUUUCUAGCCGGUAGCCCGGCGGGUUUCUUCCUCCUGCUCGAGCGCGGUGCUCUAGUGCCCCGUCGAGGGCGACGAAAGGCUGGAAUUGAACCUGGUGAUGCAGAAGCUAGCGAUGUUGUGGGUGAAGCCGGAACAUUCGGCUGUCUGGCUGUAGACAACAUCUAUAAUAUUCUUGCCAAGGAGGACCCGAUUGCCUAUCUGCUCAAUGGCUCUGUGGAUCCAAACUAUGCAUCGAGCCUGAAGGUUGCCCACGUCCCCAGUGCUACACCAUCAUUUUUUCAAUCGAUGGGUGAUGCGGUGCGUCAUGUGAUCCUCGGCGUGGCUCCAGCUCCAAACCCAUUAGCCUUAGAUCAAGCCUUGGACCGGCCGCCGACUUUCCGGUUGCCUUCCCAGCUUGAGUUGGAGGUACACGAUUUCACAAGAGAGGAACUAGCUGAGAAAAAGGCAUAUCUUCUAAACGACAAUGGGCAGAUAGAUUACUAUCUGCGAUCUGGCGGCGGCCCACUCGAGAUCCAAUAUUUGAACAUGUUAAGCGCACACACCAGUUAUUGGACAAAUCAAGACUUUAUUCGAAUGAUAUGCGUCGAAGUUGGGAGGAAACCUGGCCGAAAGAACACUUUACCAGCCAUGAGGGCUAUGAAAGCCAAGAAACGGGUGAUACCAAAUACUGGCAGUCAUUGA